CGUGCGUGCGCGCGGCGCAACAGCCGACGCCGUGAGGGGCGCAGGGGCGGGCUCGAGCUGAGGGGCUGCUCCUGAGGCGGACGAGGGGCUGGGCUGGCGCGAGUGCCGGGGACAGGCCAGUCUUGAGCGACCAGCGCCACGCAGCGGAGCCGAGUUUCCCGUGUGAACGGGAGCAGGAGCCGUGAGCAGGAGCCGCGCUGAGAAACAGCCAGAGGUGAACAGCCCCGUGCCAGAAUGAGAAGAUAGCCAGAAAUGUGAAGUGACUUGCCCAAGGCCAUAUUUCAGAUUUAUGGACAAAGGUCAUGUUGGAAGCCUGCUGUGUGGUUUUUCUUCUCCUUUUCUGCUGUCAAGUUGCCUCUGCAGAAGUUCACAGAGAAGGACAUUAUGUUGCUGCUGUGUACGAACAUCGACCCAUACUGAGUCCUAACCCAGCAACCCUGACUGAUCGACGCUCUGCAUUAGAGUUGAUGAGCAGAAACCUAUAUAUAUAUGAAGAGCAAGUAACAGCUGCAGCCAAACAGGGGGCACAGAUCAUUGUAUUUCCUGAAGAUGGAAUCCAUGGCUUCAACUUCACUAGAGAGACCAUUUACCCCUAUUUGGAGUUUGUUCCAUGUCCCCAGACUGUGAAAUGGAAUCCAUGCAGAGAGCCACAUCUGUUUAGCGAUACAGAGGUUCUUCAGCGACUGAGCUGCAUGGCACUGAGGAGCAAAAUAUUCCUAGUGGCAAACAUAGGAGCUAAGCAGCCCUGCGAGUAUAAUGAUCCUCUCUGCCCACCUGAUGGGAGAUACCAGUUUAAUACUGAUGUGGUAUUCAAUGCCAAUGGAACUCUGGUAGCCAGAUACCGCAAACAAAACCUGUAUUUUGAAUAUGCUUUCAAUACGCCUCCAGAGGUAGAUCAUGUGCUUUUUGAUACACCUUUUGCUGGCAAGUUUGGCAUGUUCACUUGCUUUGAUAUACUCUUCUAUGAGCCUGCGGUAAGCCUUGUCAAGGAAUACAAUGUGAAGCAGGUUGUGUAUCCAACUGCAUGGAUGAACCAGCUCCCACUCCUGUCUGCGAUAGAAUUUCAACAAGCUUUUGCAACUGCUUUUAAUAUCAAUGUUUUGGCAGCUAAUAUCCACCACCCUACACUGGGUAUGACAGGUAGUGGCAUAUACACACCAUUAAAAUCUUUCAUCUACUAUGACAUGGAAAGUCAUGAUGGCAAACUUAUAGUAGCAGAGAUCUCCGUGAUGACACCAGAGCAUGAACCCCAUCUGGAGAGCAAUGCAAGACCCGGAAAGAGCAUUGAAUACCCCCACAACAAUUUUGCAAGCCUUCACAUAGAUGAUCAGGUUUGCAAUAAGGAGGAACAAAAGGCCCACUGCUGGGUAGCAGAAAAGAAAGACAAAGAAGCCCCUCUAAUAUUUUACAGGGAGAUGAUGUAUGACAAUUUCACUUUGGUUCCUGUAUGGGGAACAAAAGGGGAGCUCCAGGUUUGUGCCAACACCCUCUGUUGUUAUUUAAGUUACCAGAGACCUACUAUAUCAGAUGAGUUGUAUGCUUUGGGUGUCUUUGAUGGGCUUCAUACAGUCCAUGGCACAUACUAUGUUCAGGUUUGUGCCUUAGUGAAGUGUGGUGGCCUCAGCUAUAGCACCUGUGGGCAGGAGGUCACAGAUGCCACUGCUUUGAUAGAUUUUCAGCUGAGGGGAAAUUUUAGUACUUCCUAUAUCUUUCCUCUACUGCUUAUGUCUGGUAUGAAGCUAGACUUCACUGAUCACUUGGGUUGGAAAAACAACUACUAUUUCAUGAGCAAAAGUGGACCAUCCUCUGGUUUAGUGACAGCUGCUUUGUAUGGACGAUGGUAUGAGAGAGACUAGUGUAGAUCUGACCAGAAAUCAAGUGCCAACAUUUUCAAGCUAGGCUCCUAAAAUAAAUGGCCUUUUCAGAGGUGCUGAACACCCGCACCUUUUAGGACUUCAAUUAUGUAUGCUUAGAACAUGACUAUUAUUAGACUUCCAAGUUUGAACAUAUUGACCAAAGUGCUUUAUCCAAUAAUAGAUCAUAAUCUGUGAUUUGUACCUUGCUACCAUUUCAACUACCAACAGCAAUAAGCCCGCAGGAAGAAAGGGUUAUCAGUGUAAAAUGUGACAAAAUGUUUUAUAUUAUGAAAAUAUAGUACUCAGUUGGACUCACCAUGCUCUAUUUUUAUCUUAAAAGGUGACAAAGAGGCAACUAAGUAAUUCUUUGGAUCCCCUUUUUGUGUAUCUUAAAAUUUGAAUAUUCUGUUAUAAAAUAGCUUCCCACCUAGACUUUUGUUUUUGUCAUUAAUAUUGAUCAUUCUACCUCUGAAUUAAAAAACUCCACCACUAUUCCUAUUUUAAACUUUA